AUGCGGCCGGGGCAAUACUCUAAGCAAGCCGGUGACUCUUGCUAUGGAGAAAGUAUACUACGAGUUUACGGCACAUUUCGAUACGAGCCGCCCGAUGAUGUCGUUGAGCCCAUGACCAAGAUAGGCCCGACCAGCUCCGGUUAUCCUGCACAUGCUCUGUUCCCUAACCUUCGUCUUGGCGAAUCAGAUGCUCCGUCUCCGUACUGGCUCGGUCUGAUCGACCCUGGAGACAGCUCGCCGGUGAACGCAACCCAAGAAACGCUUUUUUUGCUUUUUGCACCGUUCUGCAUUCGUAUCCGCGAAAGUUCCACGUACCCCGACCGACCCGACUGUCUCUGGCGGAUACCCGGCCAGACGAGCCUCACCGCCGACUCCAAGACUGGUCUACAGCAGCAUCCUAGCAAGAAGCCAGGUCCUUGUCGUAAUCUCGACAACUCAAUGGGUCCCUGGAGCGCCGGAAUACCUCCCGUGCCAAGCAGUGGAGUGCCCGAACCGUACGAGCCUUCCAGCUGA